UAAGUUUUAUCAGCUUCAGUUUACUUCUUUACCUAGACUUUAUGCCUUCCAGAAGCAACAAGACUACCAAAAGGUUACUUCAGAUACACAAGAAGUUAAUGACUGUGUUAACUGAAGUUGUAUCUUGAUGCAGGAAUGUGAAUUUAGUUGCUAUCAGGACCGUUACAUAAUACUAAUUCCAGUCCGUCAACUGUUCUCCAAUUAAUUAAAUCCAAACCGUUACACACUUGGUACAUGCGGUUGACUUAAGAUGUUUUUAUAGUUUCUAUAUGCUUACAGACCAAUGGCAAUAUAUCCAAAAAUAUUUCUUCUUUUUUUCUUUUUCCGUUUUUCCUGAUGAUACAAUUUCAUUUCGUUUCUUGACUGCCAUAAUUUGCACCUUUUCUCUUAGUAAUUCAAACUAGAACGGAUGUUAGAAUGAAAACUUAAACCGUAAUGAAUUGUUAUGCAAAUAGUUAUGAUUGAUAGAUAUCAGCAAAACUUAAGUUUGAGGCCAUAUAUUGGACAGUUCCAAACAUACGGCUACCGCUGUAGUUACCAUACAGUGAUACUAGGUAACAAAUAUUAGUGCAUACAACUCGGAAGUACUUGUAUAUGGAGUUGAUAAACGGCAAAUGAUACGAGAUUAAGACGGGUUAUAUUCUAGUAUGGGGUUAACGAAAACGAAACUAAAACAAAUCUGUUAGUGCAUCUACUUAAGGGAAUGGGUACAGUCAAAUGAAAUAUGGCUGAAGGAGGUGACUUCACAUCUAUAAAAGAUGGGUCGGAUGCUGACUUUGAGUUAGUCUGUACGCCCUGUGGUGAAGAUGAAAUCAGAGAAGAAGCUGUCAAAUUCUGUGUAGAAUGCAACCAGUAUCUCUGUACAACAUGUUCUAGAUGUCAUAGAAGAAAUACGGCUUCGAAAUCUCACAAGUUGUUGGAUAGGGAAGACGCCAAUGAUGCGUCUAUGGUUGCCAUGACAACAAAAUGUCGAUACCAUCCAGAUCGAGACAUCGAGAUGUUUUGUGGAACACAUGACAUGGUCUAUUGUGCAAAGUGUAUAGCCACAGAGCACAGGGCUUGUGAAAAUGUUAAGAGCUUAGACGAUAUGACGACAUUUCUUAUCCCACAGAAUGACAUACAGCGUUUACAAUUUGAAACUAAAGCUGUUCAUGACCAGUUAGUAGCUGCAAACAAGAAGAAGCAGAAAAACGUCGAUUCUCUUGAAGUACGGAGAAGCGAUAUACUACACAAUAUCGAGGAUAUAGAAAACACUAUUGUAGAAUAUAUCGGGAAAUUGAAAAGCGAAGCAGUUGUGAGUUUGAACAAAACGUGUUCAGAAGUAAAUGGCAAGCUGGAAUCUGAAAUCAGCUUGAUGGCUGAUGCAAUAACAGAAGUCGACAAAUCGAAAAGUACAUUGCAAACUGUAAAUAGAGUGGAUGCUAGACAACAAUUUGUUCAAAUAAAACUGAUAGAAAGGACUGUGAAAGAUGCAAAGAAAUUGUUUGAAGAAAGUGAGUCAGAGGGAACUACAAUUGUUCGUUUUACAGAAAAUGCAGACCUGAAAAGCAUUUUAACGACUGUCGCUGAUUUAGGACGUGUGGAGCCAUCGAGUGAAAACAAGACGCAGAUUACACCGAGACAAUACAAGGUAAAAGCGAAGAAAGAGCAUAAUGUCAGAAUGCAGAAUGACAGUCAGAAAUGUUAUAUAACUGACCUGUGUCUGCUUCAGGAUGGUACCGUCGUUCUGGCUGACUACGUUAACACGAAAAUAAAGAGGCUUGAUACAAAUUUUAGUAUAAAGGACGCGUGUAUUCUAACUUCCAGUCCUACGACCAUCUGCUGUACUGCUAAGGAUGAAGUUGCAGUAAAAUUGGCUAACGACACAGUUCAGUUUAUAUCAGUUGGUCGGGCAUUGUCUGUUUUGAGAAAUAUAUCUAUAGUAGGGGGUAGUUAUUUUGGAAUGGUGUAUUUUGCUGGGGAGCUUUGGGUAUCUAAUGCAAGUAGUGUCAACGUGUACAAUACAUCAGGAACACUACUGAAGUCUAUCAACAAAAACAUGAAUGGACAGAGUAUAUUUAAAUCUUCUCCUAAACGUAUGGUUGUCAGUGGAGAGACUGUUAUUGUAACAGAUGGAAGUGAUGGAACCGUCUGUUUAGGAAGAGAUGGUGAAGUGACGCGUGAACUGCGGGACGCAAGACUGAAAUACUGCAUAGGUGUAUCUGUAUCAGCUGAUGGCACCGUCUUCCUGUCUGGAACUAGCUCCCAUAAUAUCGUGAUUUUUAGUGGUGAAGGGAAAUGUCAAGGAGAACUACUAACGAAAGGAAUGGAUCUUACUCAUGUUUCCUCUCUCUGUUAUGUUAACAAAAGAAAUUGUUUAAUGCUAGCACGUAACAUUUAUGAGCAUGACAGUAUCGACAUUCUUCAAAUGUACGAUUAAUUUGGCAAAUUACAGAUAAAAAUAUGUAACUUGGAGUCAACAGAAAAUAUCGAUAAUUUGCAUAUGUUUUCAGUCCUUGCUACUUCGAACAUGAUAUCUAUUUUAUUCAAAGAUAUUUGUUUAAUAGUCAGAUUUGGUAAAUAGUUAAGAUCACAAAAUGUAUUUGGGAACUGUUAGAAACAAGUGUGUCAAUCUCUUACAACUACAGAAAAGUUUAUAAUCAAAUACCUGUAAAUCGUGAGGACAAACGUUGUUGUAUCACUGAACUAUAUAACUUGAGAAUUCCUUUUGUAAACAAAAUUUAAAAUAGGUAUUUUGUGACUGAAUUUGUGAUAGAAUCAUAGAUAUUCGUUGCUUUUUUUUCUGAAAUAUUACCGUCAUUGUAUUUGCUGGAUAAGUUUUCCUUAAUAAUAUAAAUCAUAUGUUUUGAUUUCUCUUUGAUACAUUGUGUUUCGUGUUUUCAACUCUCAUAUAGCCUAGUUCAGAGGAAAAUGCAAUUAUUAUAAAGGAGCUAUAAACAUAUAAUAAACGGCACAGCGCACCUUCCUCUAACGACAAUUUUUGCAUUAUAUGUAUAUUAAAGCAUAUGCGAAAUAAACUCGCCAUGUAAUAUUGCGUACGCAGCAUAUUAUAAUUCUCAAAUGUUAGCAUUUUCCAAAAGCUAGACAACGGCCCUUUGAUUGCUGUUGCUAAGGCGCAACAUACUCU